CUCCACGCCAGGCGUCCUGCGCAUGCGCAGCAGCACGAAGCUCAACAGCGUCUCGGAGAAGGAGGAACCCUGCGAACAAACGCAACAACACGGCUUCAAACUGAUGGCUUUACUCGGCCUGUUUUUGGUGUUAUUUGCCUUCCUUUUGGAGCCCUUCAAUGCAGAAAAAACACCAAGCACCCUGGACCCUCAGGAUGCUUCUUUCUGCCAUGGCGGGCUGGAAGCAAUCUAUCCAGAACUGGACAUCGAUAAAUGCCUCGUGAUUCCAAAGGAUCACAAAUUCAGGGAGAAGAUCAGCUCUGUUUGGAAAGCUCCACAGAUCUACUUCUCUAGAGCGCGGAAGGAAAAGAUGUAUGUCCUGGUGAUGGUGGAUCCCGAUGCUCCCAGACGCUCCCAGCACGCUUCCUACUGGAGGCACUGGUUGGUUGUCAACAUAAAGGGCAGCUCACUGGAGAAAGGAGAAAUGCGAGGAAUAACUCUUACUGAUUACCAUCCACCGACGCCGCCGCAGAAGACUGGUUUCCACCGUUACCAGUUCAUGUUAUUUGAGCAGCCUCCUCACACAGAGAUAUCACUUGCUGAGCAGGAGUCCUCUCGCGGUAAAUGGGAUCUUCACGCCUUCAUCGCAAGGCUUCAUCUGGGGGAACCUGUGGCUGCCUUGCAGUUUCUCACCCAGAACUUCAAGGACUGAAAGGAUGCCCCGGUGCUUCAGUCAGGAGAAGAAUAGGCCAGGAUAGUGAUGCAAAAUGGAAUAUUUCUUUAUUGAUAUUGUUUUCCUGCUUUCCGUGCAUUAAACAGCAGAAAUUCUUCAAAGCUUG